CUCACGAAAAGUGUACGGACUUCUGUUCCAGCUCGAGUGGACUAAUUUUAAUGAGAUAAUUUUGUCAGAAGAGCAGUUCUUAAUUAAUCUUAUCGUUCUGAGAUCGUCGUUCACCGUGGUCUCAAUUUCUCGUCUGCUCUUACUCUAGUUGCUGUUUGCCUUUAAAACUGCCACUGUUCGUGCGAAAUUUCUUGUUUCUUCUCCUCUCGUGGGUGUAAACAUGAAAGUGCCCCAAUUGUUUUCGUGAAAGUGAAAGCUUAUGUGUCGUUUGAUUUAAUUUUAAGAAUCUUCCGGGAUCUCACAAAUUUCAAGUCGUCGACGGGCGAGAAAAACGCAGAACAAGGCGCAAUCCACCACCUUUAAUUUUGGAGCAUUUUGUAGAACUAGUCGCUGUUGCAGUGAGAGGUCUAUCAGUGGUUUCUGUAAGUUCAUAAGAAAAUUCUACUCAUCGGUGCUCCACCAAACUCUGUGAAGCAAAAUGGAUUUUGCUGUCUUUCCCUGCUUUUUGUGAGGUGUGUGCGGUAUGCGCCUGACUGGUCAGCUUCUAGGAUGCGUGAGUAUCCAGGUCUGGAGACGCAAGACUAUUUUGGUGGGCAGCAUGAUGAGCUUGGGGGUUCUGGUGGUGCUCUGUCUCUAUUACAAUAGCGCCGUGCGGGCCGUCGAAACGCAAGUCCGCAUCUUGCCGCAGCAGCACAAUGUCCAGUUCCUCGUCGAACAUCCCUCUCCGCCAACCGUGCAGAUCGAGCAUCUCUCUCACUCGCAUGUCCACCAAUCCAAUGGUCCAAACCCCGGAGGGAUGGCUCCGGAACUAAGCCUGGAUGGAGGAUCCGAAACGAGGGCCAACUUCGGCAAUUACCCAGGCAAUCCCUAUGCCGGCUCCAGGUCUUCCAAGCCCUACGUCCCUCAGCAGAGGCUCGUCCAUCUUGAUCUAAAGGGGGCCCCACCCAAGGUGAAAUACCUGAAGGACUUGUUCCCUCUCUUCAAGGACCUUGGAGCUACAGGGCUUCUUCUUGAGUGGGAGGACAUGUUCCCAUUUACAGGGCAACUAGCAUCCCUUGCUGCAACCAAUGCCUAUACUGUUGAUGAGGUGACCACCAUUCUGAAAUUGGCUAGUGAGAACGACCUCGAGGUCAUUCCCCUUGUUCAGACUUUUGGUCAUGUCGAGUUCGCCCUCAAGCUUGAACAAUUUGCUCGGCUCCGUGAAGUUCCGGAGUCUCCGCAGGCCCUCUGUCCUUCUCUCAACGCCUCCCUGGAGUUUAUUCAAAACUUAAUUGAUCAGGUGAUGCACCUGCAUAAGGAUGCUCGUUUCCUGCAUAUAGGCUGUGAUGAAGUAUUUCACAUGGGUGAAUGCUCUCGAUGUCGACAGAAGCUGAGAGACGAUCUCUUUCUUAUGCAUGUCUCCAGUGUAGCCAAGUACGUGCGCUCAAAGUAUCCCAAAGUUACACCAAUUAUUUGGGAUGAUAUGCUGAGACAGCUUUCAACUUCCAGUUUAGAAAGCUAUAACAUCGGGCAGCUUGUUGAACCAAUGGUGUGGGUCUAUGCAGAAGAUAUUUACCGUUUUGUUCCUGGGCCUGUAUGGGAUAAGUAUGCAACAAUAUUCCCGACAGUAUGGACUGCAAGUGCCUUCAAGGGGGCAUUUGGAGAAACUCUUUAUGUCCCCAACGUCCAGAGGCAUCUUGAUAACAAUCUCCAUUGGUUGGAUCUGAUGAGAGCUGAAUCUUCCAAAUUCAAGGCUGGCUUUAGAGGAAUCGUUAUUACUGGGUGGCAGAGGUAUGAUCAUUUUGCAGUCCUCUGUGAAUUACUGCCGUCUGGAAUCCCAUCCCUAGCAGUUAACUUGCUGGCAACAUCCCACGGCUACUUUAAUUCUUCCUUACAACCUAAACUGACAAGUGCGCUGAAGUGCGGUAUUUAUUCAUACAACACAGUUGGAGGAAUGCACAACUUUGUGAACUUGAACAGCGAUCCAUUCCUGUGGGACCAAUUCUCUAGGUGUAUGUUUCCCGGUCAUCUCUUCUUCAAAUUGACUUAUAAGCUCAACAUGGUUGAGAAAGAUGUUCAGGACCUAAUUCAGACAACAAGAGCCACACGAGGGUGGCUCACUGAGUACAAUGUUCGUCAUAACUUUUCGAGUCCUCUGCGUCUCGAUGAGCUUAUGCUUGAUGAGCCAAGAAUUUAUCAUUCCGUAACUUCGCUUGUCCAAUCUGCACAGGAUGCGUUGGCAAAUAUUUUUGACAAAUACACCAUUGCAGAAUGGAUUGAACAGAAGAUCUAUCCUUUAAUCAAGGAAUUAGAAAAAUUAGAAGGAGAUUCGUAUCGUCUGAAACAGAUAAAGACUUGGCCCCGGAGGCCGUUCCCUAUUUUAGAUGAUCUGAAGCGGUUAGGAUUGAAUUUAGUAGACGAAAAUGAUUCAAAGGUUUCUAGGAAGUAAAUUUUGUUGUACUUUUUUAUUUUUCCCCUAUGAACUAUUCAAAAGGAAGGUCUUUUUUUUACUUAAACUAGUUUUCUUGACUUCAGUGUAAAAAUGCCAUUGAUAUCCUAAUUAGGAGCUACUCUCAUCCUCUGGAUAUUGACCUGAAAAUUCACCAUUUGUGUGAAAUUUCAUGUAGAAUUUCUCUAGUAAUUGCACCAUGAGUAGUUGCCGUUUUGUUGCUUCCAAAAUUAUUGUGAUCCACUUUUCUGAUUUUAUUUUCAAAGUUCCGUAUUAAUCUUUCUAAACAAGAUGCGCUCAAGUCAGCUGAGAUUACGUCCCUUAUUUUAUUUUGAAUUGGAUUUAAUAAGCUCAUCCAGGGGAAGGUAUUUUUAAGUGGAAAACAAGAACGAAACAUGUGUUGCAAUGGGUAUUUAUUUGUAUGGUGUAGAAAAAUUUGCCGCAGGGUUAGGUGAAUGAAAAAAAGCCCUAACUCACUCCACUAAUAAUCUUUGAAUGUGGUUUCAUUUAUCAGGAGAUCUGACAAAUAAGUUCACUGACUAAUGUUCAAGCCAAAUUCUUGUUCAUUCACAGGCUUUCCUGGAGGUAGUAAUUGUCACUGAAAGUGCUCUCUCACCACAGAUCUCAGAUCUGACUUGGAUUCUUACCAAGCCAUAAGCACAUUUUGCCCAUCGACACAAUUAUUUUUUGUGAUUUUUUUCCCUUCUUUCACUUUUUUAAUUGAGAUCUUGAGAUACUUCUAAGAACAUCUCUCAGAUCAAAUCAGUAUUUUUCAAGAGGUUGUGCAUUAAUUCUUUUAGAAGGUUAAUAUCCAAACAAGGGGCUUUUUUUGAAAUUUUGGGGAUACCUCAAAUAAUUAUCUAAAAGUGAAUUUAUGUUUCAUGCCUCUGAAGUCUACAAAAUAAUUGUAGUUUUCCUGAACACUUUUCAAUUACCGUUUAUUUUUUUUUCCUUAAACCGGUUUGUUGGAUUCUUUUUUUCUUCUAUUCGAUUGAUGGUAUUUUAGGUGGUGAAUGAAUGAAUAAGAUGAGAUUAUUGUUUGAUUGUCGUUGAUUGUUAAUCAAUGAGAUUAUUGGUCAUUUUUGUCUUACUCACUUUUUUUUGUUACAUCAACUAUUGGAUGAAGUCCAUCAUUCUUGCAGCAAAGUUUAGUGGCAUAAAAAUGACAAAUCGAACUUCUACGGUAUUGAUAAAUGUAUUCAACAUCAUUAGCAGCAUCAGUAUAUUUAGAAAAGCACUUCGUUUUGUAUUAUUAUCAAUUAGUAAAUAGUAUUAUUACAUGAUGUACAAAAAUGAACCUAGUCUCCCUGAGCUCCAAGGUAUAUCUUAUUGUGAAAUUCCUAAUUAUGACCAUUACAUGAGUCAGAGUAACCUAAUACUCACUUUAUUUGACUUGUACAUUUUUUUUACAAAAGACAAACUGCCAAACGUUUGGCCUCAGAAAGAGUUAAUUUGAUAAAAUUCAAUUUCGCCCUUUUAGCUACGUCUCCGAAAUACUUUUUACAUUUGUUAUGAUCUAAUCAUGAUGAGCUAAAUGAAUUGAUACAUCACAAUGUUCAUCAAACUCAAAAAAAAUCUUAAAAAAUAUAUUUUAAAAAACGUCUUUUUUGUGAGGGCAAGAGACUUACUUCCUAGCCAAAUUGAAAUAAGUAUAUUAUAAGGUUAAAUAUCUCUCGUGAUGAUAUCAUUCGUUGAGGUGUAAGGCUCAAAUUGUACUUUUUCUGAUUCUAUCGUUCAAUAUUUUUUUUUUUUUUUUGCCUACACAUGCUUCACUACAUUUAUCAAGGGUUCAUAUCCAAUGGGUACUUAUCAAUGGGUCAGGCACAAGCCAAAAAUUAUGGAAAAAAGCAAUACAAAUUAAAAAUAUAGCGAUAAAGAGCUGUUCACGUUGCUCUGCAAAUUUUUGAAGGUUGUUUUUACGGCUUCUGUUCCAUGUAAACAACCAAAGAAUUAUUAAUACUUAAUAUUUAAUACUGUCUUAUACUUAAUUCUUAAUACUCUUAAAAAUUGCCGGGCAGUGUUUCCCACAGAGAGCCUUGCACUGUCAUGUAUAGGAAUGUUAUUACUUUGCUGAAGCUCGAUUGAAUGAACUUAUCUUUUCAGAGUUCACUGCUUGUUAGUGAUGUGUUGAUUGUAUAUUCAACAUAAAUUUUCACCCUUCCCCUCCGCCAGAUGAAUUUUUUCCUAUAUCCUCAUUGAAUACUUUUAAUUGAUUAAUUUUUAUGAAGGUUGUCAUGGAUAAAGGAAUUAUGUGAUAUUUAUUUUUAAAAAAAAAAUGAUACAUAUUUUAUUCUCAAAAUAAAAUGUUGUAGAGUAUCACGGGUGUUGAAUACUAGAAGAAAAAUGUAUUUCAGUGCAUUCUUUAAAAUAUCCUGUUGAAUUGUUUCCUUUCGUUUUUUAAAGGACAACACAUUGCAAGAUGAAAUUUAUGAAAAUUAUUCUUGGUAGAGCAAAGAUAAAAUAAAAAAAAAAUUAAAGAAAAUAAAGAUAUGCGUCUCAAGUACAUCCUCUAAAAUGUGGCUUUGUAUUUUUUGUUUUUUGCAAAACUAGUCUGCAUUGAAGAUUUGAAUUUUCUAGGUUAUUCCUUAUGUAGCAAGGAUUAGGCGCACAUAGUUUUGGAAAAUAAAAGUAACUAGGGGGCUAUGUCCUCUGACCAUUUCGCUGUCCAAUUCCCGAAGCAUGCUGCCCUUUAUACAUUAUGUGAUAUGCGUUGCUCUUAUGAUUUUAUUUAUAAGAGUAUUUGUUUCCCAUCUCAAAUGUAAAAUGUCACCAAAAAUCGCAACUUCUAGGUUCGAGUAUGGAAUUAUUUUUUCCAUGAUAGUGCAAGGUGAAAAGACAUAAGGAAAGAUGUAUCAUUUGAAAAGACAACACUGGAGGUGUGUUUUAUUUAUUUUUUUUUCAGUGUGUCUCAACAAUCACAAUGGUUUUUAAGAAAUGUCCUUCAUGCUUGCCAAUUAUGUAAUCUUAGAUUUGCCUUCUACAACUUUACUCCAGUGCCUGCUUGUAGUUAUUUGUCAAUUGUUAUUUUAUUAAUAAGUUUAGAGGCCCUUCAAAAUUAUGUAUGAGUUAAAUAGUGACUUAACUAUGCUUAAACCAAUUAACUAUGAUUUUUACUUUCUAAACAACAUCAGCUUAUCAUUUGCAAAAAAGCAAAUUAAUGUGGAAACCUCUCCUACCUGACUAUCAGAAGGAAAGAGAACCCUAUUUUUUAGCUGUUGGCAUGCAUUUUGGUUAGGACAUUGAUAAAAAUAGUAGGGGAAGUUUAGUUUUUUUGGACAGGGCAACAAUGAAGUUUUUCUACUGAAGUCUGUGGACCUCCUAACCGUUUACAGUUUAAACCUUUCUUUUGCCUUGUCUUAUUGCUAAGCCUUCGAAACGAUCAUGGACACUCUAUAUCCAUGACAACCUUCCUACGUCCUUCGAUACCUGUGUUAACUAUUAUUUUUAGCUGUAAGUGUCUAUAAUAAAAACAUAUGUAAGUAUUAUGUACAUUAAUGCCAAAUUUAUCCCUGUCAAAUGUUCAUGAUGUUUUAAAAUUUUCUAUCGAAGGUAUUAUGCAUCCGACCAUUUUUCUGGUAGAUUGACUAUCGUUAGAAUUCUGUUAUUGAAGAUUUUUUGGUCUUGUAUUCCCAACUUAGCUUACUGUAAAAUAGAUAAGAAAACCAAGUUAGAUGAAUUAUUUCUUAGUUUUGUGUACAAGAAGAGGAAACAAGUUCCUUUUCUAUUUUAACCAUGGUGGUUUUAUCUGUUCUUUUAUUUUAUUUUCAAAUAUUCAGUUUGGGAUUCAAGUCUUCUCUCUUAAUUGACAACUUUUUAUGCAUUUUUAUCUGUGAUCUUUUAUUUUACUCCAAGAGUGAAAGCAGUGUACUUCAAAUCGUAUAAUUACUUGUACAUUAUUUUGAAUCUGCAAAAGCAAUCAAUUCUGACCAUUCACAAGACGAGGGACCUCAGUGCACGGAGACUUAAUUUUCAGGAGAGGAUUUUUGCCAUGUGGCAAAUCAGAUGGCUCAAUCAUUCUUGUGCCAACUAGAGGCAUACAUUUUUAUUGUAGCCUGACAUUUUGUGCCCCAAGCAUGGCAUAAUGGCAGAUUAAAUGUAUAGAAAGCUAUUUAUAAUAUCUUUUGUUUUUAAAGUGCAAACUUCUCAAGCAUUAUCGCCCUAGUAUUAUUUGAUUUUUUGGGCAUUUUCUCGCGCCACAAUGUUCAUGAAACAACUGUGAAGCACUAAUAAGAUUUUUGGCCCUCAGCUCUUUCUCCCUUGGAUGGUCACACAUGCGCGAGAUAUAAAGUAAGCACAAUAUCUAGAAUUUAUUCUUUUGUCAAAUUCAGAUUUUUAGGCAAGUAAAACCUUGUUUCAUAAAAUGCAGUUCCUGCAAAGUCUUGGGAUUUGGGAUUUAAAAAAUUUCCCCAUGUAAUUUUGGCCUGAAGUACGUUGGUGCCAUCAGUUUUGUCAGAAAUUCUCUUCUUAGUGUUUUAAGAGCUUGCCCAGUCAAGGCUUUAAUUUUUUAACAACUCUAGUGUAUCUUGGAAUUUCUUCUGAGAGAGAUGAACCAAAAUGUGAAAACCCUUUCAUUUUUUCCCCUUCACUUUCCUUUUCAUGCAUUGAAUUGUUCGGCUAUAGAAUUUUUACUCCUCUAAAUUUUUUCCUCCUAAGAAGAAAAGUGGAUGAACCAAUACUCUGCUCUCUACUUAAAUUAUGUAAAUCAUUUUUAGUUUUUUGUGAUUGUUUUGCUUAUGAGGUACUUCUUUUAUUACGGUCAAAAUUGCUGGGCUGUUCUGAGCUCUUACUUCUGUGUCCUUUACACAACUUAUUUUUAUGUUAAAGAUUUUAUGCCUCAAUCUCAGUGCAGAUCAGCUGUUUUUGUCGUAAUUCAAUACAGCUAGUCAUACAUUAUUAUCAGAAAUUCAUCGCACUGGAACUUGCAAACUUUUCCUUUGAAAAUUGUUACAAUAUGAUAAGACAAUUUUGUGUAAUUAUUGUACGAAUUACUGAAAAUGUGUAAAUAAAAUUCAUACUUUUUUAA